GCGGCGCCGAGCGCCCAAUGGGGUCGCGCUUCUAGGACGCGUCACUUCCGGGCCCUGCAGCCGGCACGCGCAGGACCCAGAGCCGGGCCGGGGCCCCGCCACCACCAUGCCCUUUGACCUCCGCCGGUUUGACAUCUACAGGAAGGUGCCAAAAGACCUUACGCAGCCAACCUACACAGGAGCUAUUAUCUCUGUUUGCUGCUGUCUCUUCAUACUGUUUCUUUUCCUGUCUGAGCUCACCGGAUUCAUAGCCACUGAAAUAGUUAACGAGCUCUACGUAGACGACCCAGACAAAGACAGUGGAGGGAAAAUAGAAGUGAAUUUGAACAUCAGUUUACCGAAUCUGCACUGUGAAUUGGUUGGACUGGAUAUUCAAGAUGAAAUGGGAAGGCAUGAAGUUGGUCACAUCGAUAACUCGAUGAAAAUCCCCCUCAAUAAUGGAGAUGGCUGCAGGUUUGAGGGCCAAUUCAGUAUCAACAAGGUUCCUGGUAAUUUCCACGUAUCCACGCACAGUGCCACAGCACAACCUCAGAAUCCUGACAUGACUCACAUCAUCCACAAACUCUCUUUUGGGGACAAGUUGCAGGUCCAGAACAUUCAUGGAGCUUUCAAUGCCCUGGAGGGGGCUGACAAAAUCAGCUCAAAUCCUCUUGCAUCUCAUGAUUACAUAUUGAAGAUAGUCCCCACAGUGUAUGAAGAUAUGAAUGGCAAGCAGCGAUACUCCUACCAGUACACUGUAGCAAACAAGGAGUACGUGGCCUACAGUCACACUGGCCGUAUUAUCCCGGCUAUCUGGUUUCGGUACGAUCUGAGCCCCAUCACAGUGAAAUAUACAGAGAGGCGACAGCCUUUGUAUAGAUUUAUCACAUCGAUUUGUGCCAUCAUUGGAGGAACAUUUACUGUGGCUGGGAUCCUCGAUUCCUGCAUCUUCACAGCUUCUGAAGCCUGGAAGAAGAUCCAGCUAGGGAAAAUGCAGUAGCAAUGAAAUUUUUACCCAGGUCUCCAGGGGCAGGAGUAAAGAAUGAGAAACCUACCACUACCUGUUUUUUGUUUUCUCUUUUCUAUUUGAUUGAUUUUAAAUGAUAUUUUUUUCCUUUAGUCAAGUUGUUCAGUCAAGACCUUUACAGCACAUAAGUAAUCCCCUGUGUUAAAGUUCCAAAAGUCAUCAGCUGGGCUUGGAUUUCCACCCCUUGUCCCAAAGAAAGAUUCAUAAUAUAACCGUUGGCAUUAACAAAAUAACUUCUCUGGAUCCUAUAGUAUGAUGACAGUUUUAGUGUCUGGGAGGUUCCUGAGGCAGUGUGUGACUUAGUAGGGGGCAGAAAGGAGCUCUUUCAUUCUGUCAGAAUUGCAUGGGAAGGCUAUUGCUUUUUAAUGAAGCAAAAUUAUGUAUUUGGAAGAAAUUCCACCUCUUGUGCCAAAAAAUUGGCCGUAUGCAUUGAUAGUUCCCACAGUGAACUUUAGUAGCAAAGGGCAGAAGUGACUUUGGCAAGUGGCUUUUUGGCUUAUUUCAAAAGCUCUUCUCUGCAGGUGUUUGCCCCCUCUAGUGAAACAAGCAAAUAUGACAGACCCUCCCCUGGUGGUAACACUGGUGGCUGGGGGAAGGAUUGGGCCUUUCUUGUACCCUGGAUGAAAAAUGUUUUCAUUUUUCCUCAUAAACUGAAUAUCCAGUCUUGUGUUUACAGGUGGCAUGAAGUAAAAAACCAAACUGAAUAACACUAUUUUAUGUGGCCUUUGUUUUGAAGGGGGAUAGUUUUGUCUUUUGUAGCACUAGCUUAUACCCUUUCUCCUGCCUUUUUUUUUUUUUAAACAUGGAGUACCCGACUGUCUAGCCUGCGACUUGGUUGAAUUUGGAGUGGUCACCCAUGCUUGCUCGGACAGUUGAUGUAUUCAGCUGGGCUAGUGCCCAGCUUCUGGCCUUGCUCUGUGUGCAUUCAUGUGUGUAUGGUGCACAUCUGCAGAGCACAGGGACCCUGUCCUGUAGGGGCUUGAGGUGCCUGAAUUCCCCCUUUUUAAAAACUGUUUAGCACUUGUUAUCAUUCCUAGACUGACUGUUACUGGCACCUUCUGUUUGCCCGCACAGCAGGUACAGCAGGUGGUUGCAGGGCAACCUUUUCCCCACAGACUGGUUCCUGCCAGUGUUUGUGUGUACAAGGGAAGAUUCAUGCUCACCCAUUCAAGCCUUGACCUCUGAGACCUCCAGCAAAAUGAGGCAUGAGGGGAGAUUACUGCCAGAUGCAGUUUCUAUGUGUUGUGGACAUCAGUCUACAAGGUAUUAAACUGAAACCUACAGGCUCAUUUUCCAUAGGCUGCUGCACAUGCCUUCAAUAGUAAUGAUCUUUGCAUGCUUUGUAAAUUAUGCAACCUGAGGGGACACAUUUUAAGUGUUCUUGAAUUGAUGCAAAUCAUGAACAAUAAGCCCUAAGGUUAUUAUCAAGUUUUAUCAAUUCUACAAGGGGCUUGAUUGUCUUUUAUCUUCAGCCUCAGACCUGUCCAAAUCCUACAUAAAUGGAUCUUGAAUAUUCAGUAUUGAUUCCAGAAACAUUUCAGCAUCCCAGAUAUUUGUCUGUUGAAAUCAUGUCAUUGCUUUUGAGGUAGGGAAGAUAGCUGCUGGUUUUUAUUUUAUUUAAAAAUAUAUAUAUUUUUUGCCCUGUAGUAACUUCUGUAAACUGACAGCAUUUGAAUAUGUCCCUGUUCUUAUGGACUGAUUGCUAUUGUUUUAGGUGUAAACUUGAUCUUGUAACUUCUGUAACUGUUGAUGUAUGGGUAGAUUUUAUACAUUUUUUCAUUUACAGAAUCAACUUGAAUACGAUAGUCUUGUCUUCAUUUGUGUGUGUGUGUGUAUGUUUUGCCCUAUUGGUGCUCUAAGCACUCUAGACGUAUCUUAAACAGUUAAGGUUACAGAACAUUUCCAUUAUAGAGCUGUUUUACAGUUCAGUUUGAAAAUUACCAUUUUUAUGCCUCUGAUUCCUGCCACCCACUGUCUCUUUUGUAAACUUCAGAUAAAUGUCUCAGUAAGUGAGGCAAUGGGCCAUGUGGGGAAAUAUAGUGGGUAUAUUUGUAAUCAUGUAUUAUGAUGGUGUCAUUUAAUUACAUAUGCUAGAUAGCAGGGGGUCUUGAGAAGAUUGUGCAGGCAACCUGGAUUCUGGCAGUCGCUUAUUUCUGAGCAUUUGUCUGCAAUCUUAUUAAAAGAACUGUACUCUUUUUGGAUAUAAUUAUAAAGAGAACCAUUUCCAGUGGCUUCUUGUUCCACAAGCUUUGCGAGAUGAAGUCUUGUGGGCUUUUAAUUUGCAAAUAGUUUAUGUUCAUUUUAAUGAGCUAUCACAGAUCUCACAGUACAAUAAUUGUAGUUGCAUUGAUCUGGAUGGAAAGUUGAAACAUACAGUUUUCAUGAAUUCAGUUGACACUGAUUUGCUUCUGGGGCAUAAGACAGGACUUGAUCCUAGAAAAUGGUGAGUGGCCUUAACACCCCUGGCCCUGGCCCCCACAGUGGGAGAUGAGUGCUAAGCACCUUACAGGUUGUGCUCAGAACUUUCCACGUUUCUCUUCAUGUGUUGUGCACCUUGCUGUUAAAAGAACAGAAACAGACCCACCUAUCCCCCUUCCCCCCAAACUUUUUGUCUGAAUGCCUAGUAAUGCCAGCUCACAACCCUCUGGGUUGACCAAAUGAGACUGUUCAUCAGAAUGAAGGGAAGGGGAAUGUGAGAAAUAGAAUGACUUAAAUGCUACUCAUCUGCAUUUCCCAAGUUACGAAAUUUCCAUUAACUUAACUUUUGAUUUUGUUUAUUAACAGCCAAGUGUCUUGCACUGUAGACUGAAAAAGGGCCAGACCCUGCCAACUGGCAAUUGAUCUCAAGCCUGUGGUUAAACGUAGAUUUCCCAGAAAGGCAGAGCUGUGUAUGAACUCCUUAAACUCCUUUAAAGAAAUUGAAAGUACUGCAGAAACUGUUUUUAGAAAUCUGUGUAUUGCAAACCAUCAGUUUAGAACAAAUGUUGCCUAUCCUUUUUGUGUGGGCCAAAAUAGCUAGUGUGUAGUAGUACUCAUUUGAGGAUUUCUCCCACCUUACAAAUCUUUAUUAGCUUGACAUGAUAAUAUUUCCCUUGAUAUUGAGAGUAUUUGUAUCAGGAUUCAUAAGAAGAACUCGACUGCAGAAAAAUCUGAAACUGGAUUUACUGAACAUGUCUCUGGCCCAACUGUCUGUGCAGUGUUAAGGUAACAGUGGCAAUCAUGGGAGUGUUGGUGAAAAUAUCACUUCUAACUUUCUUUAAAAAAACCCAAAAAACUUGGGAGGAGGAGGAGUUAAACUCAGCAAAAGCAGGAGGAAAUGGAGAACCUGGAGCAGUCCCUUACUUGCUUCAUUCUGCUGGGGUAAAUAGCUUUCUGCUUCUUGACUGAGGUGGGGGCGAGAGGCUAGAAAACUCUUUGUUUUAUUCCUUAUUUUUAUGCUGUGCUGGCCAGUCCCCGGGAGCGUUCCCACAACUUUGCCCCAGAGCUGUAGUGCUGUCACACGUCCCUGUGCUCUGCGGUGCAGCACCCUUGUCAUUCUAUGCCGGGGAUAUAAAAAGGUAAGAGGCUUGGCUGCUACUACCACUCAGUAACCUCUCCACCAGCAACCUGUAUGUUGUUGGACUGUUUGUUUUUUUUCUUCCCAUUCUUCCUCCAUGUUCCUAUACUUACAUUUUCCCUUGUGCUGCUUCUCUUCCUUCCCUCCCAGGGUACAGGAGUCCCAGCUGGAGCAGCCCUGUGUAUGAUGAAACUUUGCCCUAGAGUUGUUGGUUGUAGCUACAGGCAUAGGCAGACAAGGGUUUUUGGGUAGAUGUGACAUCU